AUGAAUUCUAAAAAGGAUGGCGAGAAAGAUGAGGCCUCAAGAAAGAGCAGAAGCAGUUCUCAAGUUUCAGAAGAAUUCCAUGAACACCAUUCUCCAGAAACUCCCAAUUUCGAUAAUCAUUCUACUUUCAUUUCUCCUCAGUUGAAUCAAUUUUUUGACUCCUGCCUCCCUAAUACAACAAAAGGCUGUCAGAGGGUUCUACUUUACAGUUCCAUGAAACAUGGCAUAUCACUUAGAACACUUCUUCGCAACAGUGCUAAACUUUCUGGUCCUGCUUUGCUGAUUGUUGGAGAUAGAAAAGGAGCAGUGUUUGGUGGGCUGGUAGAUUGUCCCUUGCAACCUACUUUCAAGAGAAAAUAUCAAGGGACAAAUCAAACUUUUGUAUUUACAACUGUAUAUGGUCAACCAAGGCUUUUUCGACCUACUGGUGUGAACAGGUAUUAUUACUUAUGUUUGAAUGAUUUGGUUGCAUUUGGUGGUGGUGGAAGUUCUGCUUUAUGCUUAGAUGAAGAUUUGUUAACUGGAACCAGUGGACCGUGUGAUACAUUUGGAAACAUGUGUUUGGCUCAUACAUCAGAAUUUGAAUUGAAGAACGUUGAGUUGUGGGGUUUCAGAUAUACUUCUCCUUACCUUAGUCAACAUUAA